UUGUGACACUUUUGUCACAAAAAUGCACAAUUAACAUAUUGACAAAUUUUCAAAAGACAUCACUCUCAAACACAAGUUAUUAUUAUGUAAUUAUGAAACAAUGUUUGCCUCCAAUUUGUCUCUGUUUCACUCCCUCUUCCAGAAUUCGAAUUCUCCACUUGCUAUCUUUCGCCAACUUUUACAAUCCAAUGCUAACCCCAAUGCUUUUACAUUUUCAUUACUCAUCAAAGCUUCUCUUACUUCUCCUUCUUUUGUUCAUGCUUCAUCAACAGCAGCGUUACAAGCACGCCAGAUUCAAACCCAAUUGUUCAAACGUGGCAUUAACCAAUAUAUUCAUGUAAAUACCUCUCUUAUUGAUUUGUACAUGAAACUUGGUUUUGUCUCUCAUGCACGCCACAUGUUUGAUGAUAUGUCUUUUAGAGAUGUUGUAUCAUGGAACGUAUUGAUUUGUGGUUAUUCACAAAAUGGGUUUCUUUAUGAUGCUAUGAAAACCUUUGUAGACAUGUUAAGAGAGAGUUUUAGGCCGAAUCAAACUUCGGUUGUUAGUUUGUUACCUUCUUGUGGUUGUUUCGAGAUGAUUCUUCAAGGGAGGUCUGUUCAUGGGUUUGGGAUUAAAGCUGGUUUUGGUUGGGAUUCUCAUUUGAAUAAUGCGCUUAUAUCGAUGUAUGCUAAAUGUGACGAUUUGAAAGCAUCGGAACUCGUGUUUGAUGAAAUGGCUGAGAAGAAUGUUGUUUCUUGGAAUACGAUGAUUGGUGCGUAUGGCCAGAAUGGACUUUUUGAUAAGGCAGUUUUUUGUUUUAAAGAGAUGAUGAGGGAAGGUUUCCAACCAAGUUCGGUGACGAUGAUGAACCUUGUGUCGGCAAAUGCUCUUUCGGAAAAUGUUCAUUGUUAUGUUGUCAAAUGUGGCUUUGACAAUGAUGCUUCUGUUGUUACUUCGUUGGUUUGUUUAUAUGCAAAGCAAGGGUUCACAUAUAUGGCGAAACUGCUUUACGAAUCCUAUCCCACAAAAAACUUGAUUACGUUAACCGCGAUAAUCUCUAGCUAUUCUGAAAAAGGUGAUAUAGAGUCUGCGGUCGAGUGUUUUAUCCAAACUAUGAAGUUAGAUAUAAAACCAGAUGCAGUUGCCUUGAUUGGUGUACUUCAUGGAAUUACAUGUCCUUCACAUUUUUCUGUUGGAUGUGCUUUCCACAGUUAUGGGGUAAAGAGUGGGUUGUCUAAUGAUUGUUUAGUUGCAAAUGGGCUAAUAAGUUUGUAUUCUAGAUUUGACGAGAUAGAAACGGGUUUGUCUUUGUUUUAUGAGAUGAGAGAAAAACCACUCAUCACAUGGAAUUCUAUGAUAUCUGGCUGUGUGCAGGCUGGAAAGUCGAAUGAUGCCAUGGAGUUGUUCUCCAAAAUGAGCAUGCAUGGACAAAAACCAGAUGCCGUUACUGUUGCCAGUCUACUAUCUGGGUGUUGCCAGCUUGGUUACCUACGGAUUGGAGAGACACUACAUAGUUAUAUUCUGAGGAACAAUGUGAGAGUAGAAGAUUUUACAGGAACUGCUCUAAUAGACAUGUAUAGUAAGUGUGGGAGAUUAGAUUAUGCUGAAAAGGUAUUUUAUAGCAUCAAGGAUCCAUGUUUGGCAACAUGGAACUCCAUCAUUUCAGGUUAUAGUUUAUAUGGACUUGAGCAUAAAGCUUUCAAUUGUUAUUCUAAACUGCAAGAACAAGGGCUAGAACCGGAUAAAAUCACCUUCUUGGGUGUUUUGGCGGCAUGCACACACGGAGGACUUGUCUAUUUAGGAUUAGAAUACUUCACUAUCAUGACAGAAGAGUAUGGUUUGAUACCGAGUCUGCAACAUUGUGCAUGCAUAGUUGCUCUAUUAGGUAGAGAAGGCUUGUUCAAGGAAGCAAUUGAAUUUAUAAACAACAUGGAGACUCGACCUGAUUCUGCUGUCUGGGGUGCUCUGUUAAGUGCUUGUUGCAUCCAACAAGAGGUGAAACUUGGGGAAUGCUUGGCGAAAAAUAUGUUUUUAUUGAAUUACAAAAACGGCGGUCUUUAUGUAUUAAUGUCAAAUCUGUAUGCCAUUGUUGGGAGAUGGGAUGAUGUAGCAAGAGUGAGGGAGAUGAUGAGAGAUAGUGGAGGAGAUGGAUGUUCAGGUGUUAGUGUUAUUAAUGUGACUUCUGUUAAAGACUCUAAUAGCAGCUUAAGCCCAAGUGAUGUCUAUUUGAAUACAAGCACUUGGCAGCAUUUGUGUUUAUAUUGACUUCAUAAUGCUUAAACACCGGGAUAAUUUGAAGUGUGUUCAUCCAUGAAUCGUGAUCAUUGAUCAGAAUAGGAGAUUUGUAUCAUACAAAUAAGCAUCACCUACAGCAAAUUUAGGAGUUGGCAAAUGUUUCCUUGGUAGAACUGCUCGAGUAAAAAUAUGAUGGCAAGAAAGGUUGAGUGAAGCAACUAGUUAAUCCUACUCAAAAGCUCCGCAUGUACAAUUACGAGUUAAUUAUACUCUCCUCUUCCGAAAGAUGCUUAAACUCCAUAUUCUUCUUGCUUGUGUUAAAAUACACGUCCCCUAUGCAACAUAUUUUUGCAUAAAACACACGUCAUAUGGAAUCAAAGUUAAAGCAAGAAGGUGGUGAUGAUGAAUGAAUCUCACAGAGAGAGAGACCUUGAAGAACCAGAAAAAAAGACACACGCUGAAGUACAAGAGCUGUACAUAGCAAUAGCAUCACUGCACCAGCAAGAAAGGAACUCGAAGAAGUAAAAAUUAGCAAAGAGAAAGCGACUGCUGAGGCAACACGUUCUUUCUAUGAGCAGCAUCAGCAUGAACUUAGCAAAUGAGCUCACGAGGAAGAAGAUUAAGCCAAUACAAGAUUUGCAGCUGCUAAUUCUGAAGUUGAGAUAGAUAAGGAUGUUAAAUGAUAACAUUUCUUUUGUUUUUCUGAAAUAAAAAACAGAAACUGUACUCACCAUAUUAGGAAUAAAUUGACCCCAUUAAAUUUCCUUCCACAA